AAUGCUUUUAAAAAUGUACCCUAAAACACUAUUAUCUAUCUGAAAUCCACAAUUCAAAGAAAUGACAUAAGAGACUUAAAAAAUGAUUAUUUCUACUCACUACACAUUAUGCCUUAGAGUAUUCAUAUAGUUUGGUAACCAAGUAUACAUUCAAAAAAUAAAAUUAAAGUAGGGUUAUUUCGUUGUGAGGGUGACACGUGGAAGGUGAGAUGGAGGUGACAUGCCAUUGAGGUGGAUUUAUUGUUUACAAGAGCGUUUCACAUUCGGCCUUGAAAAUCAGACGCCACCCAAAAACGCCGUUUCAUAUGCUUUAACCGGCGCCUGUUCCCCUAUGCGACCGGAGAAGUUCAAGAAACCGGCCCGUCAGGCAUCGAUUCUGGUGAGCAGCUUCCGGAACCCAUCGGUUGACUCUCAGAAUUAGCCAAACCCAUUGUGUACGAAUGAGCCAGUACGAAGAAGAAACAUUCCAGAUUCAAUUUUGGACGCAUUUUGACAAGUUUGCGCCCGUUCACCAGUCAUGGUGCAUCUAUCGAGCAACUCCGCCUAACCCAUCAGGUUUUGGAAGUGAGAAAUGGAUUCUACGAGAACUCAUGCUGCAGCUUUGGAUUUUGCUUCUAUAUGCCCUCAAUUCUAAUUCCAUAGUUUGAAUUUCGUGUGCCAAACGGGACCAAAGAAAACAACUUUAAGGAACGAAGGAAGUAUUUUUUUAAAUGCAAAGAAAAGGAAAAAUAAAAGAAAGGCAUUGUACGUCCGUUAUUUUCUGAAGAGUAUUUGGAAGAUUUUUAGACGGUAGAGAUCGACCGUAAAGUAGUACUCCCUCCAUUCCUAAUUAUCUGUCUAUUAUGGAAAUUUUAUUUGUCCACAAAUAACUGUUUAUUACAAGA